AGAUUAUAUUUGAAAACGAACUCUAUGAGUUCGCAUCCGAUUCCUAUUUUCCAAAUCAAAGAGAAAUUCAUUUCAUGCGUGAAUCUGUUUGAGCAAACACAAAUUUCUAGUUUAUUUCGCAUCCAAAAUGUUGAAGCCAAAUUUUGUUUUUGUUUUGGCUGUCGGAUGCCUGAUCGGCGCACAGCUAAACUGUUCUGCAGCUCUUCCACGAGGCGAUAGGGCUCCAAAAGUUUUGGUUGCCGAGAAGAAAUCAGCCGAUAAGACUGUUAUGAGUUUAUUUGGGAAUAAAAACCAAGGCCAUGGGCUGCACACGAAUGACACCGUCAGUAAGGCGAAAGUCGUAACGCAGACCCCAAAGGUGAGCUUAACAACGGAGAGCAAUGCUCAGGGUCCGACUACCAGUCCUGGUACCGGUCCAGGUACCGGUACAGGCGUUAGACCAAGUCAAGGCGGUGGUGGCGGUGGGGUCCUGGGAUUUAGUGAAGGUAAACUCAAUCGGGAUGGUAUAGAGAGGCAAGACGAUACUGCUGCUGAUGAUGGUGAUGCUGCUGGAGGUGGUGAUGGUGCUGGUGCUGGGGCUGGUGCAGAAGCUUCUACUGCCGCAGGAGGUGCUGCCACAGGAGGCGCUGCCGCCGGUGGUGGUAAUGCCGUCCCUCCUGGUGCUAAAAUUUCUCGGAACGGACUUCCACGAUUCAUCAAAGAUAGCAAGGGCAACUGGGUGUACAACCAGUGGGGCGUUACCUAUGGAAUAAUUGGCCAAGACACUCGCUUCGUCGCCGGACAGACCAUCCAGGCUAACAAAAUCGACUCCAAUGCCCAGAAAAACUACUAUCCAGAUGGCCCCCUCUCCACGGUCUGUGCAAGCGCAUCGACAGUAUAUAAUGUGCCCAUUGUCAGGAAUUGGCUGGUGCGUAAGGUCUAUAGUUACCCAAUCAAAAGUCGACCCAUUUGGAACGAGCUGCGCAUGCACAUCUAUAAGUCGGGCAAUUCCGAGGAGUGCCACGACGUAGCCAAGUUCAAAACAUGGCGGGAGUAUCAGGAGUGCGCAAUCAGACGUAAUAUGCGCCUGGAUUCCAUUAUUCCAAUGUAUCCAAUUCACCAAAUGGGCAGCGGAUUCUAAUACCACGCAGCCAGAACAGCUCAAGUCAGAUCGGUCGGUCAGUGUGUGCAUAGAGUCUAAAUGGAUUGCAACUUUUACCUCCGUCUUCGGCCGUAUUUCCUGCUAUGCCUUAAUGUAGUAUACACAUGUGCUAAGUACUGUCCAGAAUAAAAAUUAUAGAAUAUAAUGUUGAUCCAGCCAAAUGUACAUAUAUGUCAUA